AUGACUUCGUCAAACAAUCAAAACUUAAAGCAUUUAGCUGAUACAGUUGAUAAACUUGUCGGACGAUUAUCAUCUAUUCAACCGUCUUCUCUUGAACAACUUGAACAAUGGCGUGAGGCAGCUUAUCGAUCUGUUGAUCAUUAUUGUGAACAAAAACGUUAUCAAUUAAUUGAAACGAGACAAGCUCAUCAAAAGAAAGAACUUGAACAAAUUCGACAAAAAGUAAAUCAUUUAAUUGAAAAACAUGAUGAUAGACAAGAUCAUUAUGAUACCAUUCAUCAUGAUAUCCAAUUGGCUGAAGUUAAAAUUAAUGAACUUGAACAUCUCCGAUUAAACACUCAUCCAUUGUCGAUUGAUGAACAUCUUAUAACUCGACGGCAUUUAUUUCCUUUACCUCAUCCAUCUCGAACAAUUCAUUUAAAAGCUGGUUUAGAAAGUGCUGUUGGUACUAAUGAUAAACAUCUUCUUGUCGAUCGUGAAGGUAAACAUUUAUGUUUACUUGAUCGAAAUUUAACUAUUGUCAAUGAAGUUCCAUUUACUCAUGAUGGUAUACAUAGUGUAUUUUGGUCAUCAACAAUUGCUCGAUUUAUAAUUAUUACUUUUAAAGAAAUUUUAUUACUUGACGAGAAAACGAUGAAACUCGAUCAAUGUCCUAUUUCAUCUGUAGCAGAUUGGUGGCGUGGUACCACAUCGGAAGAUACUCUAUUCUUAACGACAGUAGAAUGGGGUUCAUCAAUUUAUGAAUUUAAUCUUCGAUCAUCAUUUAAAGCUGGCAAGGAAUGGCAUGUACCUGUUACUUGUAAAAAAGAAGAGAUUAUUUGUGAUAUUAAGUACAAUAGUGGUUUUCUUGCUACUCCAAUUUUUAACAAACAUAAAGAAGAUACUCGUUUUGAACUACGCUCAGCAACAACACUUGAAUGUAUCUGGUCAAUUCGUGCUCAUGGACGUUGUCGUUGUUGUUCAAUCGAUGUAGAUCAAUGGUUGUUAAUGGAUCAUGAUGAUUGUCGAUUCUUUCAUAUUUCAGCUGAUGGAAAACUUUUAGAAGCCGACAAAUAUGAUCAACAUGACCGACUCGAAGAUAUUAUACCAUGGGGCCAAGAUAGCAUUGUUGUUUUAACUAAGAAAAACUUAUCAUCAUUACGUCGUCGUUUUGCUUCUCUUGCUCUUUCAUGUAUUCAUCGUGAAUAUCCAAACAAAAUUGCUCAUGUUCUUACAUCUGAUGCAGAUGUUCAAGCUCCACGUCAUUUAACACCUGUCUUUUUUGGUUGCUUUGAUUGGCAUUCAGCUGUUCAUGGACAUUGGCUUUUAGCUCGUCUUGGUCGUAUUGAUAAAAAUCUUACUGGUGAAUGUCGUCAAGCACUUCGACAAAGUUUAACAAAAGAAAAACUUCAAGGUGAAGUAAAAUAUUUAAGUGGCGAGCAGCGUCAAGCAUUUGAACGACCUUAUGGUUUAGCAUGGCUAUUACAAUUGGUUAUGGAAUUAGAUGAAUGGGCACAAGAAGAACAAGAAAGUUCUGAAGAAAUUAUUCAAUGGCGUGAAAAUAUUCGUUCACUUGAAUCAAUUGUUGUUAAUCGUUUAUCUACAUGGCUUCCAAAAUUAUCAUAUCCUGUUCGUAGUGGUGAACAUAGUCAAACAGCUUUUGCUCUUGGUCUAUCUCUUGAUUAUGCUCGUCAUGUAAACAAUUCAAUAUUUGCAAAACUUAUUGAACAACAUUCAUUAAGAUUCUUUUCUUCAGACAAACUCUAUCCAUUUUCUUAUGAACCAUCAGGUGAAGACUUUCUAUCGGCUGGUCUUGCUGAAGCUGAUUUAAUGCGACGUGUUAUGUACAUGAAUAAUCAUGAAUUUUUUCAAUGGUUUAAUGAAUUUUUACCUCAUACAAAUCUACCAAAAAGUCUCGAACCACCAGCCAUUGCUGAUCCAACUGAUCCAAAAUUAAUUCAUUUAGCUGGAUUAUGUCUUAGUCGAGCAUGGAUGUUAGAAGGAAUUGUUGAAGCAUUGCCAGAAAAUACUGAACAACGAAAUCAAUUGUAUGAAUUAAGUAAAAGAAAUGCUCAAGCAGGUUUAACAGCUAUCGACGAAAGUCAUUAUGAAGGAGGACAUUGGCUUGGCACUUUUGCUGUGUAUUUGAUAACACGACGAGGAAUUAAUUCAAAUGAAAUGAAUAAAUCAUAG